AUGAAGUUGCUCAACAUCGUCCUCCUCGCCAUCGCCGGCACCGCCGCCGCACAGGCCGACAUGGCCGACAUGACCAUGGCCGCCGACAAGAAGGAUGGCAAGCCCAUGUCGACCAAGGCCAUGUGCAACAAGAUGUUCAAGCUCGAGGGCCUGGAGAAGAUCGCCGGCAACCAGACGCUCCUCAACGAGAUCACCAAGAACAACGCGACCAAGGCCGACGACAUCAAGGACAAGGCCAAGAAGGCCGAGCCCGAGCUCAAGGCGCUCCAGGACAACUCGACGUUGGUGGCCGAGUGCGGCAAGUACGCCGCCUACCGCAAGGAGAAGCGCCAGUGCGGUGAGAUGCACCGCCUGGAGCGCCUCGAGAAGAUUGCUGGCAACGACACGCUCCUGAACCAGGUCACCAAGAACAACGCCACCAAGGCCGAUGACCUCAAGAAGAAGGCCCAGGAGCGCAAGGCCACCCUCGAGACCCUGCAGAAGAACACCACCCUGACCGCCUUCUGCGCCGAGCAGAAGGACAAGCAGACCUGCCGCAGUAUGAAGGGCAUGCAGAAGAUGGUCGAUAACUCCAAGAACCAGACCUUCCUCGACACCAAGUUCAAGGGCAACCAGACCAAGAUCGACGAGUACAAGAAGAAGGCCACCAAGACUGAGGAGAGGCUCAAGACUCUCGAGUCCAACUCUACUCUCAUGGACAUUUGCAAGAAGCAGACCCAGGGUGGCAGCGGUGGUGGCCGCACCAGCAGCCCCUCCAACGGUGGUACCUCUAUCCAGGCAUUCGGUGUUUCCACCUCAAUCUUGGCUCUGUUCGCCGCCGGUCUUGUCCUGUUGUAA